AUGAGCGACCGCGAGACCCGGAUGAUGGCGCGGAUAAGGCGCGAGGACGAGGCGCGGCGGGCACGGCGGGACCAGAUUACAACCUACGGCCUCGUCGCUGUUAUUGUGACGUUCGGCGGCGCCAGGUACGCGGGCCACCGGAGCAUCGAGCGGGCGUGCCUGGCGCUCCUCGGCGCGUUCGGGCUCUACGCCGUCGGCGUCUGCGGCGGCGUCUUCUAUCCACGAAUAUCGCGUCGACGGCGCGGAGGCCGAGAUCGCGUCGAUGGCGUGGACGCGGGACGCUCGGCGCCGUCGCCGCGGCGCGAGAGUACCACGCGCAGGUCGCGCUCGCGGCCAUGAGCGCCUACUCCGAGUCCAUCAUGCAGCUGCCCGAGCCCGAUUCGGACGACGAGGACCACGACCACAGCCAUUUUCAUGCGGGGAGUAUUAGUAGUUCCGACUCGGAAGAGGAUAAAGACAAAUAAACUUAGACACAACAG